AUGGUAAUGCGUCUCAUAUUUUUCUCACAGUUUUGUUUUCUUCUGUUAAUUUGUUGUAUCAGUUGUGAAGAUUUCUACCGCUUGCUUGGGAUAUCUCGGGAGGCUGAUAAUAGAGCAAUUAGAAGAGCUUUCAAGAAGCUAGUUCUGGUCAAACAUCCAGAUAAAAAUCCUAAUGAUAACAAUGCACAUAAAGAAUUCAUGAAGCUUUAUCGUGCUUAUGAAGUGUUAAUGGAUGAAGAAAUGCGAAAAAUAUAUGAUCAGCAUGGUGAAAAAGGUUUAAACGAUAACUUUAAAGAAAACCAUCAGUACCAGCCUUGGCAAUUUUAUAAAGAUAACUUUGGUAUAUACGAUGAGGAUAGAGAAAUAAUAACAUUAUCACGAUCGGAUUUCGAAAGGACAGUCUCUGAAACGAAUGAAAUAUGGUUCAUCAAUUUCUAUUCUACAUUUUGUUCACAUUGUCACCAGCUAGCACCUACUUGGCGAAAAUUUGCUCAAGAAAUGGAAGAUGUUCUGCGGAUAGGUGCUGUAAAUUGUGCUGAAGAUCCUAUGCUUUGCCAUUCAGAAGGUGUGACGGGUUACCCAAGUUUGGUAAUUUAUCCACAUGAAACUUUUAUUUGGAAAAAAUCGUUUCUUCAAGAAAUAGGAUCAAGGUCAGCACGAAAAACGUCAUUUUUCCACGGACAACGACAACUGAAUCAGAUAGUAACAUUUGCCAUGAAAUACGUUACUGGUAUUGUACUGCAGUUGAUGGAUUCCGACACUGACUUAUUUAAGCUCAAAGAAAGUAGGAAAGAUGCACGUGGAUGGUUACUGGAUUUUUGUGAACGUCGGAGUACUGAUUGUUUAUCGGAAUUGAACAGGAAAAAACUUGCAGCAAAUUUGCAUGGUCUUGUAAACGUUGCGAAAAUUGAUUGCGACGAAUCAGUGAAAUUGUGCACAUUGUUUAACCGCAGAAAUGGAGUGGUGUAUUUCCGACCUGAUGAUGGAAGAGAACCCGAUGAUGCACGGGAGAUUAAUAGUCUCGACUUCAAAGAAAUAGCGGCUGCCGUUUUGACAUAUGUUCCUGAUAUACCUUAUAUUGAUAAAUUAUUGGAGGGAAUUGUUGAAGCUCAAAUUCGCGACCAUUCAUUUCUGGUUAGAUUUAGUUCCGGUGAAGUAGAUAGCAAUACAGAGUUAAAAAAACUAUCAACGAAAAUGAUAACUGGGGAAAUUAAAGUGUAUUUUGCUGAUUGUUCCAAAGCAAGGGUUAUAUGUGAGAACUUGAAGCUGAAUAAACUUCCAAAAUGGGUUCUGUUCAAAAAACAAGGAAGCUAUGAAAUAUAUCAUGGCAAGAUGGAAACGGUGCAUGAUAUUGCUCUAUUUGCUAUGGAAAGUCAUUCUUCACCACUUGUUACUCUUACGCCCGAAACCUAUAAAUCUGCUAUCGAUUCCGGUGAUGAAUGGCUCAUCGAUUACUAUGCUCCAUGGUGUCCACCUUGUUUACGUUUGCUCAACGAGUUAAGAAGACUGCAUAACUAUGUGAAAAAUAUAAAAAUUGGGACUAUUGAUUGUGAUCAACAUGGUGACAUUUGUAGAAAAACGAAUACUAAUGCUUACCCCAAUAUAGUGUGGCACAGCGGUGGUAGGUCUUUUGCUCGUGCAGGCUAUCUGGAUGUUAUUACAAUAGCGGAAUUCAUUGAAGAUACACGUAAUCCAAUCGUGAUCGAUUUAUCGCCAUCGGAUUUCGAUCGACUGAUUUCGGAUGGAAGACAAAGUACUAUUUGGCUGGUUGAUUUUUAUACGCCAUGGUGCGGGCCUUGUAAUCAGUUAGCACCUGAGUACAAGAAGCUCGCUCGAAAUAUGCGCAUGAAGGAAAUCGUUCAUUUUGGAAUGGUCAAUUGUGAUCAUCAUCGCCAGCUGUGCAUGAAUUUAGGUGUUCAAAGUUAUCCAACCAUCCGACUAUAUUCCUCUGCUUCUUACACCGUAGAUUAUCCUUCAAACUGGUGGCGUGAUCACCGCUCGAUGGAAGUAUGGCUGAGAAAUUAUUUGCCAUCAAAAGUUAUAAGUAUGGGAAACGAUUUCUUUGUAAAGGUAUUGGAAGAUGAUGAACCAUGGCUAGUCGACUUUUUUGUCACUUGGUGCUCACACUGCAUUGAAUUUGCACCUGUUUUUGAGCGUGUUGCUGAGGUUUUGCACGGUCGUGUGAAACUUGCAAAAGUCGAUUGUGGACUAUGGCCAAAUGUUUGUCGGAAUGUUGGCGUGGCCAUUUAUCCUACUGUUCGAUUUUAUGGUGGCUCACGAAAUAGUCAUAUUCAAACAGCUAGUGGAACUUCUAUUGAAUCUCAAAACGCAGAUAAUAUUGUGUAUCAAACUGAGAAAGAACUGGUUAAAAUAAAUCGUCUUUACAAGACUGAAUUAUAA